CUCCUUAUUAUUCGUCAAAACCAAGCCGGCCGCUCUUCUGAUGUAACGCCGCCAUGGCGAUUUGGGAGUUCGCCGCUUUCGCCAGGCGUCUCAGAACUCUACUCUCUUACUCCGCUUCUCCUCCUCCUGCUUUCCCCUACUUCCCUCCUCCCUACGGAGUCCUCCGCCGCAGUUCCUCCCGAAUCCCAAUCGCCUUCCUUCUCCCUGGUCGUGGCCUGUCCGCUGCCGCCUCAUUCCUUCUCGUCCAGCCCCGCGGUUCCACUUUCCUCUUCCUUUCCACAGUUUCGACUUAUGUAGGCGAUCCCUUCUCGCGGCACUAUUCCUCCACCCCUCCCGACCGCGAGGUCGAGUCGCGGGAGGAUAAGCAGGCCCCUAUCCCUUGCACCGUCCACGAUGAGGAGCAGGGCAACCGCCUCUCGCAGGCCCAGCAGGAGAAGAAGAGCCGUUUUAUCCCUGUCAAGGCUUAUUUCCUUUGCACUAGUAUUGAUUUGAGGAGCUUGCAGGCCCAGAACGCGUUCAAUGUCGUCUCUCCUCCAACCUCUCGCGCCACCAAUUACAUUGUAUUUAGAUACUAUGAUGUCAAGGACGAUCCUCAGGUUAUGGUCACUGGUUUUCCAAGUGAAGGUUCUUGCCAUUAUAUGGUAGUGUUUCAUUAUGGUUCAGUUGUGUUGUUUAAUGUUUCUGAUCAUGAAGUUGAUGGGUAUCUGAAGAUUGUUGAAAAACAUGCUUCUGGUUUGCUUCCAGAAAUGAGAAAGGAUGAUUUUGCAAUAGUUGAGAAACCAACUCUUGAAAAUUGGAUGCAAGGGGGACUUGAUUAUAUAGUGCUGAAGACUUUGAACAUGGAUGGCAUCCGAAUCAUAGGAAGAGUUCUUAGCCAAAGUAUUGCUUUAGAUCACUACAUUCAUCAAGUUGAUGGAAUGGUGGCAGAGUUUGCAGAAAUCAAUCGUAGUUUGGAAAAGACUGGAAUAUCUACUAUGAAACGGAAACAACUUUUUCAGUUGGUGUGGAAAUCAAAUUCAAAUUUGACUGCUGUUAUUCUCAAACUUGGGCUUUUUGAGAGUUCAGAUAUUGCUUGGAGGAAUGCUAACUAUGCACAAGUGUGGGAGUAUCUUCGGGACGAAUAUGAGCUAUCUCAGAGAUUUGAAAAUCUUAAUUUUAAGCUGAAGUUUGUAGAGCAUAACAUUAGUAUCAUCCAAGAAAUCCUUCAGAAUCGCACAUUCGUUUUGUUGGAGUGGUUGAUCAUCUUUUUGAUUGCUGUGGAUAUCGUUCUCUCUUACCUUUUACAUUGAACGAAAGUAUCAUUGCUUCUGCAACCUGGCCAGGGUCCAAACUAGUCAAUCAAACUGUUCAGUCGCCAUGGUUGAACUUGCAGGCUUAAUAACUCAUUUGUCAGAGUUCCAAAAAAAAACAUAUAAGAUCAACUUUGAGGCUCUGGAUAAUUGUUUUUCUCUUGCAAAUUUUGCAUGCGAAGUUUUGGCAAGUGAUUAGAAGGGAAAGGGAAAAUGCACAUAUUCUUUUGCAGUCGUUAGCAUGGAUUGCUACUGGUUAAUUACCUUAUGUAUUCGAUUAAAUUGUGCAAUCAAAAUUUUCAGUAUAGAGAAGAUAGAGAAAUUAUUACUUGGUGUUGCUGGCCUUAAGGUUGGGUUGUGGAACAUCACUGAUAAAGCCCCCACGGAUUGACGUAUAUGGCUACCUCAUUCUUUUGCAUGCGCUAGCGAAGUCUCCUGUGUGAUUUAUUCUGCCAGGAAACCUGGAAUCAUCCUGGGGAACUUAAGUUUCAUCUUUUGUUACAGAUAGAUAGCAUCACUUAUAAAAUUUAUGCAUAGGCAAUGUGACAUGUCUAUAGUUGACAAUGUAAUUAUGGUGGUUAGGGAUGCCUAAAAUAAUUAAUGGAAUGGAACUAAUUCAAAAUUU